UAGGGACUGUAAGCUCGUAAGCGAGAGCGCGCGAGAUUUGAAUACUUCCGGUGACAAACAAAAAUGGUGAUAUGUUUUGCAUUCGCAUGCAACCACCGGAGUGGGGCUAACAGCUGCAAGUUUUAUCGCUUUCCCACAGACGGAAAGAAACGAUUGUUGUGGGGGAAACUAUGCAGACGAGCUGAUCGCCAACCAGGGUAUCAGAAUGAUCGUAUCUGCUCCUGCCAUUUUAAGGAUGGUGUGAAGGAGGGGGGUCCUGCAUAUUUUGCAUGGAAUGAAGGAAAGGCUAUGGAUUUCUCUGAUCCUGAAUGUACCAAAAGGAGGAAAAAAAUCAGAAGUGAGGAGUCUCUAUCAUCUUCACAGAUGGACCAGCUGCAGAUUACACAUGUGACAGAAUGUCAAGAUCAAGAGAAGUUGAUAUCAGAGCACAACUACUCAGCAUCCUGCACAUUUAACUGCACUCAAGGAAUGCAGCGUUUCUCAACAGAAAUAGAACACCUGGAAAAGGAAUUACAUGCGCUAAGAUUAGAGUCUAGUAAAAGAAAGCCAAUGUCAAUUCACGAUAUUAAGGACAGUGAAGAGAAGAUGCUUUUAUAUACAUCCCUACAGUAUGACAUAUUCGAAAUCUUAGUCAGAUUGUUACAACGGUUUGAACUCGAUUACUAUAAUGGCUGGACUCCUUCAAUGGAAACAGAGGACCAACUACUUAUUGUACUGAUGAAGUUAAAACUCAAUCUUCGGGACAUUGACUUGGCCCAUAGAUUCUGUGUCAGUCGACCAACAAUUUCGAACAUCUUCCAUACCCUUGUUCAUGCACUACACGAGAUGCUGUCUGAUGGCGUAGUCAAUGAAUGUUUUCCAAGUCAACUUUAAUGCAAAGGGUCUAUGCCAAAAUCUUUUGAGGAUUUCUCCUCUGCUAGAGCUUCCAUGGAUGCAAUUGAAACUACCCAGGACAUCCCAACACAUAUGGACAGUCAGGCCAUGGCCUACAGUACCUACAAAAG